AUGUCUUCAUCGAGUGGGGUCUCUGACCCAGUGCCGGUAGACUCUGACGACCCGAUGCACUCAGACUCGGAGGUCUAUACAUCGGACACGGACAGUACGGACGAUGACGGAUUUCAGCCCUUCGCGCUACCAGAUUUCGGUGACGACAUACAGCUAGCUGAUGGCAUUCCAGCCGGGGAUCCACCUCUUGCGGAGAUCCUUGCUCCUAUUCCACUCGCUGUACCUCCCGUCGAGGAUUUGCCACUUGAUGUAGUGUCAGAUAACGACGUCGAUCUUUUCGAGGGUCCCCCUAAGGACGCCCAUGAGGGCAGGGCCCCGAUUGCGGAUGAUGUCGCUCUUCCGUUGGUUGAGAGUCCUGAUAAGGAGGCUCAUUCUGAUUCGUCAGUCCCAGAUUCUUUUGAGUCGGUAGCUUCAUCUAUUCCACCGUCGGGAUUCGGUUUCUUCCCUGGUAUUGUCGAUGAUGAGGAUAUAGAGAUGGAGGACGAGUUGGUCCUCGAGGAGCAGCCUGCUGAGGCUCCUGUUCUCCCGGAUGAUCAGAUUCUUGAUAUGCCUGCUGAUCAUCAGCCUGCUCCUGUCGAUCCAGAGCCCGAUAUAGUUCCAGAGCCCGUUCUUGCUCUUGACCCUGUUCAUGCAGAUGCUCCCGUUUUUGUACCACCAGGUAUUGAUGCUCCUGCCAUACCACCACCAGUCGUGGAGAUUCCAGUCAUGAUACCUCUGCCUGACCCCGUCUUUGCUGAGUUACCAGUUAUUGCGCCAUUAUUUCCCGAUUCAGCCCCUGUGCAUGCUGAUCAUGCACCUUUUGCUACUCACAUAGACCCUCGCUAUGCGGACACCCAUAAUGGGUGGAUCGAGGAGGAUGACUACCCUCCGUACGUGAUACCAGUCACUCCCCCUACUGCACCCGUUACUGCACCACUUGAUAUCCCAUUUGUCCACCCACACACAUCUGAUACCCAUCGUACCGAUCUACCGAUUACUUUCCUCCAGGACAUUCCUCCGCCACAACCCGAGGAGGGAUCGUCGAGGCAGCCUUUUGGCCACGUACCAUUUAUGUCAGGAGAUGGCCAGUUUAUUCCUUAUUCUGGUUUUGUUCCACCCAUGUCAUCCACUGUGACGUGA